AUGACAAUCAAAGAAUACCCAAGUAGAAAGGACUGGUUCGUUAAUAAUUUACUUGAAAAAGCUGUUAAGUGGUUCAGGCAACACCAGAAUUAUGUUCAUAUUGGUGACUUAGAUGAACUAACGAAGCAAUGGUCAUGUUGUAACGCAUUAGAAGAUGAAAAUGGCACAAUGGAUGAAGGCAUGAUAUCUGCAGUAAGAGGCUAUAUUGGCUGUUGUCAACCAGGAUUGCAAAAGAAAAGCUAUCCUUCCGGCCGAUAUUAUAAUACAGAAUAUAAUUUCGUCAGAGGAUGGUGGACAUGUUGUUCUCAAGGACGGCAUUCAAAUGGAUGUGUCCUACUGCAAGAUUUCGGUGUAUCCACACUUUUAAAUCGGAAAAUAUUUUUAAAAGCUAUCGAUGAAUUGAAACCAUCACCGUAG